UCUAGUACUUAAUCAAUACAAAAAUUUCAUGUUACAUACCUAGUUAUAUAUUUAAAAUAUGGAAUUUGAUUUUGAUGAAGAUAUUUUUGAAACUAAAUUGAAAAAUUCAACCAUCAAAGAAGAGCAGUAUUUUCCUAAAACCUGCACACCUGAGUGGUUUGUCAAUUCUGUGUUAAAUGAGAAAUCUGUUGAUUAUUAUCACCAAAUAAUGUUUGAAGCUGAUCUGUUGUAUUAUAAAAGAGAUUAUAAUAGUGCUUUAGAAAAAUAUUUUAAACGUAUUGAGUACCUUACAGUUAAAAAUGGAGCGUUAUUGUGCGCUACUUUGGGAUCUAUUAUUCGAUGUUAUCUCAAACUCAAUCAACCAGACCUCGCUGAGCAUUACAUACCUAAACUGCUUAAUGGUUCAUUUAAUCCUAGCGAUUGCUCUACUUAUGAAUUAGCUUAUAAUGUUUAUCGAAAAAAUGAAAAAUAUAUAGAAUCAUUAUCUUGCAUUGUUCAAGCUCUUGAUAUUAAUCCAAGGAAUGCAUUCUAUUGGAUAUAUUUGUAUGAACUGCUAGAGUGCAUUAAAAUUCAUUUAAAUUUAGAGAAAAUAUGUGUAAACAGUGAGGAAUUUAUUAUUACAGAUCAACUUUUUCAAGAUGUUAUACAGUUUGCCAAGUUUUCUUUAAAUGACAUCUAUGAAAAAUUAGAAAUACCACCCCAUAUUCAAAGUAUAUUGCAAAAGAUCAAGAAUUAUGAGAAAAAUGAAAUUAGAGAAGCAAAUAAUUUGAAAGUGAAAACAGAACACAAUACGCUUCGGUUUCGCUACAAUAAACUCAUAGAUCUAUGUUGUCACGGAGAACAAACGAGGGGCGAGUUUUUCAAAAAAUGGUUUUUUGGAAGUCUAUCAUAAGUUGUACAUUUUUUAUCAUUAUUAGACUAUUAAUGUUAAUUGAA